AUUUUAGGAAAUGUGACAGAACGAAACAGGUGAAUUAGAAAUUCCUUCGCAUUCAAUCAAACAACUGAAUCAAGUUUUGGUGCCAAAUGAUUUUUAGAAUAAGAAAUGAAAAACACAACAAAGAUAUUAAUGUUUAAUUACGAUAAACUACAAGUCAACUAAAAGUGGUUGUUAUUUGCUCAAAUUUCGUGAAUUUUAGUUUAAAUUGAAUAAUAUUAUUGUCAGUAUUGUGUGAAUAAGAAGAGAAAACAUAUACAUCGAAUAGUGAGUGAAAUGUCAGCUGGUAAUUGUUCGAUAGUGCCAGUACCGCCAUCGCCUCAAGGGAUUUUAAAAAAAUCAAAAGAAUGUCGUUAUAAUCGACGAAUUUUAACAAAUUCGGAGUUACAAAGUGAUUGUGGAUGGGCGUAUCAAAUACCGGAAGUUCAAAGAGCAAGCUCUUUGGCUCAUGUUUGCAUCAAAUCAAAACCGAAAUAUUUUUGCAUCAAAAUUGGCAUUCAAGCAAUCUUACAAAAUGGUCCAACAUGUGGUUUAACUGCAUUGAAUAUGCUAACGGACGGCAUUCCUGCCACACAAGAUAUUCUCGAGCUGGCCAAACGAAAACGUUUCACCAACCAUGGCGAAAUUUUUAGUGUCAAAUAUCUAAAGGAACUUGCUCAACUCGUUUUUGAUUCAAUUAAUUAUCCAGUAUCGAUUGAAUGUUUUGCGGGUGAGCUCAACUGUGAUCGCAUCAAGACUGAACUCAUGAAUGGUGCUUGCCUUUUGGUCGCUUACGAUUCCGAUUUUAAUCAUGCACCCUGUCUGAAGAAUGGACACAAGGCACACUGGACUGUUAUAAUUGGCUGUUUAAUUGAUGAUCAAAAUAAAUUUUACGUAUUUGGACGUCAUGGGAAAACGAAAAAUCUGGCUUUAUGGUCAUUGGGUGCAUUGAGCGAUAGUAAUGCAAAUUUAAACGAAUACACGGCACCUCAUCGGUACGAUGAAUAUUCCUUCCAAAUGCCCGUUGAUGGUAUAGCCGGCGAAAAUGGGCUGAAAAAUCAAUGCAUCAUCAUAAAUGGCAUUAAAAAUGCCGGCGAUUUCAUCUUCCCAAACGAUGAAAAAUUAUGAUAUUGAAUUUGUCUGCAAAUGAAAUUGAAAAAAAAAAUCGACCAGUUUUUUACAAAUGUAAAAUAAACCAAUAUGUAAACAACGAAUCAUUUUACAACGAA